AUGACUGAAACAAAUUCUUCUUUACCUAAAUAAAACUUCAACUUUGCAAUUAAAUCAAUAUUAGGUUAUCGAAAUGAUCUAAAGCAAAGCAUAUAUUAACAUAAAGACAACACCUCCUAUAUAUAUCCAGGAGGCAAUGCCAUAAUAAUAAACAAUAUUGAUAGUAAAUAAUAAUUUUUGACCCCAUAUCCAGGUACAAAAGGUAUAACAUGUAUUACAUAAAGUCCUUCAAAAAGAUAUUUAGCUUGGGCAGAAGAAAGCACAUCAGGAAUUAUAGUAAUAUAUGAUUUUUUAAGACCGGAAAAAAGAAAAAUAAUAACAACUCAAGAUUGUAAAUCUAGUUCUUAUAUUGCAUUGGAUUUCAGUAAAAGUGAUGAAACUAAAUAUUUAAUAGCCUUAAGUUCAUUACCAGAUUGUUAAUUAUUUUAUAUAUAAUGGAAUAAAUAAAAAAUAAUAAGUAGUGUACAAAUAAAAUAGAUGUCUAUUAAUUUAAAAUUUAUUAAUAUUUUUUUCCAUCCUAAAGAGGAAGAUUUUAUAGGUUUAUUAGGAAAUUCAUAAAUACGCUCAUAUAAAUUAUGCUAAGAUUUAAUUUUGAGAUAAAAAGAUUAGCCUUUUACUAAAAUUAAAUAUUAAUAAAAUUCAUAUAAUUAUCUUUCUUAUUGUAUUUUGUAAGACGAAAAUAUGCUUGUAGGCACUGAUUCAGGAGAAAUUUUACUUUUUAAUUCUUAAUUUGAAUUUAAAUUGAUAUUAUCUUAAUCCCCUAUAAAUGAGGGAUUUUCUAUAGAAUGUAUUACUUAAUUUUCGGAAGGAUUCCUUGUAGGAAGUAAUAAUUCUAAUAUUUUAAUUUUCGUAAAAAGUGAUAUUGAUAUUAAGAAUCCAUAUAUAAGAUUAGAUAAGAAAAUAUAAAUUAAAGAUUUUCCUUCUAAAAUCAUUUCUUUAUUAUUAACUCCUAAUUAAGAUAAACUCUAUAUUGGUACUGAUAAUAAUUAAUUAUUAUAUGCUUCUUUUUCAUCUGAAAUAUCUGCAAUAAAUGAAGAAAACUUAUUAUUUGAACCUUGUAUAUCUUAUUUUCAUUAAUAAAAAAUUACAAGUUUAGAUGUUUGUAUAAGAAAAUAUUUAAUUGUUACUUGUAGUAUAGAUAAGAGUGUAAAAAUUUGGAAUUAUAAAGAAAAUGCAAUAGAGAGUUAAACAACAUUCGACGAAGAGGCUUAUUCAGUAUCUUUUCAUCCUUCAGGUCUUUAUAUAAUAGUAUCUUUUAUAGAAACAAUAAAAUUACUGAAUAUAUAUUAAUAAUAAUUAAUUUCAUUUAAAGAAUUACAUGUAAGAAAUUGCAAAGAUGUAAAAUUUUCAAAUGGAGGAGGACUUUUUGUGGUCAAUAAUUUUUCAACGAUUUAAGUUUAUUAAUUUUAAACCGGUGAAAAAAUUGAAAACCUUAACUUUUAAGGUGCCGGGAGAGUUAGAUGUUUUUUUUGGGAUGAAGAUGAUUUAGGCUUUUUUACCGGAAACUCAGAAGGAAAUGUCUUUUUUUGGAAAAUAGAUGAACUUUCACCUUAAAAAACUUAGAUUUUGUCUAUUUAAGGGCUGUAAAUUUAAAGUAUAUCAGCUUUAUAACAUGUAGAAAGUGGAAAUUUAGAAAGAAUAGUAUUCGUGAGUGGAUAAUAGGAAGAAAAAUGUAUUUAUAGAAUACACAUAUAGACUAAAUAAGAUAAGGAAGCCCGAGAUUUCUUAGGAGAUGCGAAAAAAAUAUACGUAAUAAGUCACUUAGGGAAGAUUUUAGUUGAAGAUGAGGUGUGUUGUAUGAAAAUUAUGAAGAAUAGGGAGUGGUUGAUGUAUAGUUGUGGUAUUAGAGUGUAAUUUAUGAGGAUUUUUUAAGAAAAAGAAAGGGAGAAUGUGAAAGAUAUUUAAGGGAAUUUUAAAAAAGUGAAUUGUUUGGGAAUUUCUUAUGAUGAUUUUUACGCUUUUUCGGGAGGAGAAGAAGGGUGUUUGGUGAUUUAUGAAAAUAAAAAGAAAGACUAAAAUGAUGUUUUAUUAAGUGAAGAUUUUUUAAUGAAAAAGGAGAAUUUCGAGAAAAUAAAGGAAGAAAAUAAUAAUUUAAAGGAAUAAAUAAAAGCGGAAAAACUUAAAUUAGUAAAUAUUUAAAAUGAAAAAGAAAGAAUUAUUGAGGAGAAAAUUUCAGAGUUAAAAAAUGUAAAAAUUUAAAGGGAAAAUAUAUACAAAUAGGCUAUUGAGGAUAUUUUAAACGAAAAAAAUUAGAAAAAUUAAAACUUUGAAAAUUAAAUAGAGAAAAAUAAAGAAAGUCAUUAAAAAAAUAGGGAAAUUAUCCUAAAUGAAUAUAAAAGAAAAAUACAAAUGUAAACUGAGAGAAAAGAAAAGCUUUUUUUGAAAAAAAAAAAUGAAUAAAUCAAAUUUAAAAGCGAAUAACAUAAAAUCAUCUCAGAUUUCUAAAAAUAAUUUAAAGAAAAAACUCAACAAUUCGAAGAUUUAUUAACAAAUGAAAAAGAAAAAUACUAAAAUUUAUAUUAAAAAAGGCAAAUUUUACAAUUAAAUUUCGAAAAAAUGCGAAAUAGAAUUGAAUGUGAAGCCGAAGAAUAAAUAGAAAAAUUAAAAAUGGAAAAUGAUAAUAAUAUGAACGAUUUAUUCCUUAAUUUAGAAAAAAAUGAAAUUAAAAAAAUGGAAAAAAAAAGUAAUUUUGAAAUUGAAGCAUAAAAACUAGAAGAAUAAAAAAAUAAACUUAAAAAAAUUAUAGAAGAUAUUAAUUAAAUACAAGAUACUAAUAAAAUGCUUCUUAAAGAAAAAGAUAAUAAUUAAAGAGAUAUCUUAGAUAGAGAAAAUGCAAUAAAUGAUAAAAGUAAAAGAAUUUAUGAACUUAAAUAAAAAACUUAGGAAUUGGAAAAAUUUAAAUUUGUACUAGAUUAUAAAAUUAAAGAACUUAAAAGAGACAUUGGACCUAAAGAAGAAGAAAUUAUGAAAAUGAAAGAAUAAAUUUCUAAUAUGAAUUCAGAAAUAUAACAUUUUAUAAGAACUAAUAAUAAUUUAUUACUUAUUGUAAAUGAUCUUAAAUUAAGAUAAAAAGGAAUGAAAUAAGAAUUAAUAAAUUAAUAAAAAUCUAUAAAUUAAAAUGAGUAAUAUAUAAAAUUAUUUGAACAAGAAAUAUCUAAUACUCACUCUGAAAUAUACGUUUAUAUAUAUAUUAUUAUUUUAUUUUAUUAUUAUAAUAUAAAGAAUUUUAAAAACCUUAAAUAAAAAGCUAUUAAUUUAUAUAAGUAAUAUGUUUAAGGAGAUGAAUUAGCUCGAAAAAGAAUAUAAAAUAAUAAUAAAUAAAAAGAAAUAAAUAAGGAAAGAAUAUAUUUAGAAAAAUCUGUUUCAAGCUUGAAAUUAAAACAUGAUAAAAUUAAAUUGCAAAUAAAAAUGUAUAAAAUAUUAAUAUAUAGAAAUAUAUAUUAUUAAAAGAAUACCGAAAUUAUAAUGAAACAUAAUACUUUUUUAAUAUUCGAAAUUAAUUAUUUGAGGAAAGAUAUGAAAAGUUUUGUUAAGGAAAUUGAAAAAAAUAAAUAAGAAGCCGAACUAAAAGAAUUAGUUAAUUUUAAAGAUUAUUAAAUUUUAGAAAAGUAUAUAUAAUAACUAGAAGAUAAUAAAAAAGAGAUAAUAAAAAAUAUUGAAGAAUAAAAAAAAAAUAAUGAACUUUUAAAAAGUAAAAAAAUAAUAAAUAUAUAUAUAUAUAUAUAUAUAUAUAUAUUAUAUAUAUAUAUAUACAAAUAUUAACUUUUAUAAUAUUUUUUAUAUUUAUAUAAGAUUAGAAAAACUUAAUUGUAUAAACUAAUUGAUAUAAAAUAAUUUUUUUUAAACAAAUUGAAAUAAAUAUCUAUUUUUUAAAAUAUUAAUUUAAAUAUAUAUAUAUAAAUUAUAAAAUAUACUUAACAAUUUUUUUUAUUUUUUUAAAUAUAAAUAUAUAUAAUUCUUAAAGUUCAAUUAAAUUUUUUAUUUCUUAUUAAGUAAAAAAAUUAAUAUGGAAAAUAUAACAUUUGGAGAUUCUGA